UAUUUGCGACGCAGGGGAUUAUGAAGAAAGGGGUUCGGCGAAGUAUUGGAGAUGGUCGUAGUUCUGAUGUGUGGCAUUCUCCUUGGCUGUUUAGGGGUGAAUCGGGGUUUGUCUCCACUGUGAUGAAACCGGAGUUGGCGGGUACCAAAGUUUGGCAACUCUUUCGGGAAGAUGCGAAGCAAUGGGAUGAAGAAAUUGUUCGGGACAUUUUUAACAGUGAUGAUGCUAAUAAUAUUCUUGCUGUUCCUAUUAGCGCUAGAAACAUUAGUGACGGUUGGAUAUGGAUUCUGGAGGCGAAAAGGAAGUUCACUGUUCGCAGUGCUUAUAGAUGUAUUCGUGGGGAGGUGGUAAAUGGUGGUCUGGGGAUGGACGGGUUUUGCUGGAAUAAAAUUUGAAACCUCCAAGUUCCGUUACAUAUUCGCAGUUUUCUUUGGAGGCUAGUUGCGGGGUUCAUUCCAUCGGCAGUUAACUUGGCGUCGAAGAGAGUCUUUAUUAAUGAUACCUGUCAGGUAUGUAACGGGUGGUCGGAAACGGAUUGUCCAUAUUUUCAGUAGUUGCUCGUUGGCUAUAGACUAUUGGGAGUUGGCAGGUUUGAAGAUUGGCAAUGAGACGGGAAUGCAAGUUCAAGCUUGGAGUAGCUGCUGGUUGCACAGUUUGGGUAGAAAUGAGGUCGAGUUAGCCUCUCUGAUUUGUUGGAGGCUUUGGCUUAAUCGUAAUAAUGUUGUUUGGGGUAAAUCGGGAAGUUCGGCAGCGGAAGUGGUGGGUUCAUCUAGUCACCAGUUGCAUGUUUGGAAGAUGGCUCGUUUUGGCUUUGGGAAUUCUGAUGAGAAUGCAGUUGAAGCGCUAGAUGGUCAGACCGAGUGGCAAUGUGCAGCAGCAGGUUACUUCAAAGUAAAUGUAGACGCUGCCAUUUUUAGUGAAGAAGGUAAAGCUGCGGUUGGGUGUGUGCUUAGGAAUGAAAAGGGUGAGGUGAUCCAAGCUAGACAAGUCGGUUUUGCUGGAGUAUUUGAUCCCCGAAUAGUCGAGACAAUGGGCAUUAGGGAGGCUCUCAGCUGGCUUAGGGUUGGAGGAAUUUGAUAGUUGAGUCCGACGCGAUGGAUAUCAUCAUAGAUAUCAGGAACCCGAAUAGGGCGGAGGGGGACGUGUUGAUUGAUGAUUGUGCUUCUUUAGCGAAACAGUACUUUAAUUUGUCUUUUGUUUAUGUAAGGCGGUCUGCGAAUGUAGCUGCGCACUUGUUAGCGCGUAAUGCUCAUUCUUUGUCAGGUCAUCAGGAUUGGUUUUCGAACUUUCCUGAAUAUCUUACGUCUGUACCUGUUUCGAUUA